AUGGCACGAACCCCUUUUAAAGAUGUCGACUGCAAUCGACCUGCCCACGAGGUGGGUACCUGCUCAGUGUGGCAAACUUUAGGAAACAUGGUUGCCAAUUCCACAACAAGCCUGAUUCCGCCAUCUCGAAGUACAGCUGGGGAUGGCCCUUGUAGCCCGUCGCUUCGUGACGUCCCAAGGCAUGGAACUCCGCAUCAGAAGGUGGGCCUGUGGAGACAGACCACGGGACCAUCUGCCUUCGAUCCGUUUUCAACCAACACAGUGAGUGCGGAUAAUCCCUCACAGAAUGCAGCAGCUGCAAUCACUGGCACGGAUUUCGAUUCGGUGUUUGGUUCCGUUACUGCAAAAAACACUAGCUCGACAAAUGCACCCGAUCCGUUCGGCACGGAUCCGUUUGGCAGUUUGGAACUGGCCGCAGUCACCGGACAACAACAUUCAAAUACGAACGUUGGUUCUUUCAUCGGAUCGAUUAGUGCAAAGAAAUCCCCACCGCCUCGACCAAAAACACAACCGGGAGCUGGACGAGUUGGUCGUGAACGGAAAUCCCUUGGGGGAUCGCCGGAACUGAUCAAAUCACUCAAAUCCCAAAACUCCCUGGGCAGUUUCCCCAGUAUUAGCAAUUCCAAAUCUCCCGCCGGACUCAAUUCCCUCGGACAGUCCAAGCACAAAUCAUCCAGUUUCGCCAAUCGAGUGCGUGGCGUGUCCGGAUCUGGUCUGAGCUCUGGACGUUCUCGAAAAGACUCUACUGAUCCGUUCACUCAUCAAAACCGGUCCAACAGUUUCGCUUCGGCCGGCAAUGUCAGAUACGGGGAUAAAUCUGGCGACGGUACCGAUUGGGCUGCCCCGGUGGGAAUGUCCGAGGAAGAACAAUUGUCUAUAGCAACAAUGGAGAGCCGUCGUUUGGCGCAAGCCGAGGAACAGGCCAGAAAACAAGAACAAGCGGAUUUAGAACUGGCCAUUCAACUCAGCCAGAUGGACACCAAAUCUUCAUAG